AUGCACUGGGAGACAACCAAGGGCAUACUAAAGAUUGUUUGGCCUGCUGUGGGCGUACUGGCGGGUCUCAGCGCGGGGGCGUGCUUCCUCUACCUGCGAGCAUGGGAGACUGCCGGUUUCGCACUUGCCUCGGGCGUCUACGCUAUGCUGCUGAUGGCAUUCACCAUCAAGGACUACCGCACACUCAAGGCCAUCCGAAGGUGCGAAGAACAGCCGUAUGACGAAGCGGAUUUCCUCUACGACGAGGGGGAAGAAGAAACAGUUUCCUCCACAACGGGCGGGAUGCCAACGGAGCGGGAUCGGCGAGGCCGCGUGCCGAGCGACAGCCAACGGCACAGCAGGCGGGGCCACCUCGUGGCAGAGAAACCAGAGUCCGUGGGCUGGUGGGUCUUCCGCUGGCUCUGCUUCGUGGCCGCGGCCGCCGGCGCGUCGGUGGGCAUCGGCGGCAUCAUCACCUACGCGCUGCUGGCGCAAGGCAACCACGAGUCCCUUAACUCCACCUCGCACUGGCUUACGAUCGUGUGGUCGUUCAUGAUCUUCAAGUGGUCGUCUGGUCUCUUCCUCGCGGCACGUCGCCUUCUUAUCCGCUAG